UUGGCAGCGGUGUUCAGGGCAGACUCUCUCCUAAGCGAUGGGGGUAGCGGGACUUUUCGGAAGAUGAUCAACUUUGCACGUCGGAGCGACUGCCACAUCAUUCUGUUUAUGGACAACAAAAUGCUUACGGUUUUCAUACUUUUGAGCGCUCUGGCGACAUGCAUGAGCGCCCAACGUCAAUGUGCACAGGCGGAAAUAGAAAUAGGAAGAUGCAGAACACCUGCAGAAGAGAGAUUGGAGUGUAAAGACCUGGUGCUUGGCUAUUGCCAGGACAUGCCCUACAGCUACACCACAUUCCCCAACAUUGUGGGCCACCGUACACGGCAGGAUUUAGAGAUGAGUGCAGAGUACCUACUCUUGAGUGUGAUCCAUAGGUUGCUGAAUGGGGAGUGUUCUCCAGACAUCCGUCUGUUGGGCUGCUCAGUGUUGGCUCCCCGUUGUCAAGAUGACAGAAUAAUGAAGCCAUGCCGUAGCUCAUGUGAGAUGGUGAAAAAGAGCUGUGUUCAUGCCUUUGAAGCCAUCAAAAUGGCAUGGCCAUACUUUUUGGACUGUGACCGUUUCUUUGUUGGUGAGGAGGAGGGUUGUUAUGACCCAUUGUCAGAGCUGAGAGAAAAGCAGGAGGUGGGCUUGGCUAACAUAUCUGAUGGUGGCCUUUCCACUGUCCUCCAGUUCACUUACCACUCAAACUCGCAGAUGUUCAGUAUCCUGAAGAAGACAGCAGCUAAAUGCCCCCAUAUCUCACGCACAUACAGCAUUGGACGCAGUGUGGAGGGCAAAGACUUACUGGUUAUUGAAUUCUCCACUAACCCUGGACGACAUGACCUAUUGGAGCCCGAGAUGAAAUUUAUUGGGAACAUGCAUGGAAAUGAGGUGCUGGGCAGGCAGCUGCUGAUCUAUCUGGUUCAGUAUCUUUGCUCUGAGUAUAUGCUGGGGAACGUGCGGAUUCAGACCAUCAUUAACACCACACGCAUCCAUAUUCUGCCCUCCAUGAAUCCUGAUGGCUAUGAGAUUGCCGCCUCUGAGGUAGCCAAUAGGAACAACCCUGAAAACAUCUACCAUGAAGGCCAUGAGUACAAUGGAUGGACCAGUGGCCGGGCCAAUGCCCAGAAUAUUGAUCUGAACCGCAACUUCCCUGACCUUACCUUCAUCUUCUACAAUCGCCGUCGCUUCAGACAUUUCCGAAGUGACCACAUUCCUAUCCCUGACUCCUACUGGUUAAAUAAGGUGAUUGCACCUGAGACCAAUGCUGUAAUGAAGUGGAUAAGAUCCAUACCUUUUGUUAUAUCUGCCAGUCUGCAUGGAGGAGAACUGGUCAUCUCAUAUCCUUUUGACUUCUCUAGACACCCCCAAGAAGACAAGAUGUUCUCACCCACACCAGAUGAACAAAUUUUUAGGCAGCUUGCCAGGAUAUAUGCAGAUGCCCAUGCCACUAUGUCCAACAAUGACACAGAGAGAUGUGGAGCCUCAUUUGCCAGUAAAGGAGGAAUAACCAAUGGAGCACAGUGGUAUAGCUUUGCUGGAGGGAUGUCAGACUUUAACUACCUGCACAGUAACUGUUAUGAGAUCACUGUGGAGUUGGGCUGUGAUAAAUUCCCUUCUGAGGAGGAGCUCUAUCCUGAAUGGCUCAGGAAUAAGGAGGCAUUGCUCAGCUUCAUGGAGUCUGUCCACAGAGGCAUAAAGGGCAUUGUGAAGGAUGAGCACGGCAAUGGCAUUAAAAGAGCCACAAUAUCUGUUAAGGGAUUGCGGCAUGACAUCACUACAGCUGAGGAUGGUGAUUACUGGAGAUUGUUGAAUCCAGGUGUCCACGUUGUGACCGCAGCUGCCUCUGGCUACUCUAAAGUGACCAAGCGCAUUAGCUUGCCAAGAAAAACGCAGCUGGGCCGGGUAGAUUUUGUAUUAAAAAAGGUCCCACGAGAACCCUUUCUUGACUACUUCAACAUCCCCGAACUGGACAACUAUGAGCGCUUCGACCCGUUUAAUCAGUUUGAGCAGUACAGCCAGAGGGAGCUUGGAGAGAAUGGAGAGGAGAGGACUGAGAAGCCGUGGUGGUGGGCUUAUUUCAGCCAGUUAGGCAUAUCUACACCUACCUGGCUCCUACGGAACUACUAGGUACCCUCAGGACACCACUGAAGAGCAACUUGAUCCACUUUUUGCUGCCAAGCCCUACUUUAUAAUUUUCAUUAUGAGGGUAACAUUUACUCCAGAUGACAUACAAGAUGUGCAGAUUACCACAGGGCGUUGUGAAGGUGUUAUUGCCUUAAAUAUUGUCUAAUAUAUCAGAUGGCAUCAUAGUUACAGAAUUCUGCUAUAAAAGUAAGAAAAAGUGCCUUUCACAACCCCUCAAAUGUAGCUAUAAACAUCUUAUUCUGAUAAAGUUUGGCAGCUAGAUAAUGGUUGGUUGUAAAAUGAUAAAUGAUAGCAUUGCUGUGGCUUAUAGUGUUUGUUCUUAUCAGGGCACAUUUGUACAUUAGACAUUUUGUUUAGCACAGAUAAUCAGGACAUUAAUUUUGAGGCUGUUACUGAAGUGUUAGAAGUACAGUUAAUUUUAAUUAAGCCACUAGUUUGUUUGUAUUGCCCUUCAAACACGAGGCCGGGACAUCCACUAGCUUGUGCAAGAUGAAUAAAAGAACAAUCUUUUA